AUGGCGAAGCUACGGGGAAACGGGCGUGACCAAAACGCUCAGACGGUGGAGAUUGUGAAAGGAAAGCUCCGUGGCUCCGUACGGAGCGGACGGGCUGAGAUACCUCAGAAGGGAAAGGAGGAAAACGUGGGAAAACGUGGAUGCAUAUCGGCCGACCGCAACAACAAAAAUAGGGGCCGGUGGUGUGGAAUCGUGACUAACGGCGAUGUUGCCAUCAAUGGCAAAGGCCAGAAUAGGCAAAUUUUUCGAGUUGAGAAAAUUGCCUUCUUGAAUCGUGAGCGUGACCAUUUCCAACGUCACCGGAGCCGCGCGACGUUGCAAAUCUCCCCAACUUCUGCCCAGCUCCGCCUACCGGAAGAACCGGUCGAGCGGCGAUUGUCGUUGCACGACUCAAGUUGUCGCCUCCCUCAUCCGAAGCUAUUGUCGAAGCUGACUCCGCAAAACCCGCAAGGCGCAGUAAUAUUACUGAUAACUCAAAUCUUCGUCGAGGCCUGCGACUCCUACUACUCCUCCCUCUCACCUUUGGUACGGGGAGGCUGGACUUGCAUACUCAACCAAGCCAGACCCCCCGGCUUACAGCUGGUCAUGGGAAAAACAACAACGACAACCGGCAACACGAGGCAGGAUGGUUUCACCAGCCGUCAUUCGUCGGUUGAUAUACUGGAUGGUUCCUGUUUGGAUACGUCCUAUGAAGUCUCCCGAGUAGUGUGCAAGGCUACACGCCAAAAGGGGCCGCCGUCGGGUUUACGUGCAGACCGCUCGGUCAUGGUUCGUUUGGCAAAACCGCAACUUGGCUCCGUCGAGGCAGUCGAGGCAGCAAGCACCGGUGCCGAUCUCCGAGCCAAGCUUUUCCCAACCAUUGCUGCAGGCUUCACACAUAGCUCUGCCUAUCUUCUCCCAAGACUACCUGAAGACAAGGUAUCUCUGCCGGCCUCGACGAAUAUGCCCUCUUCUGCAACGCUCGAGGACCCUGUACCCCCACAACAACCUGUGGAAACCUGA